GAUGGUGAUGGAAAGUCUGAAUCAGAUUCAAGUGAAAAGGUCCUUAGAGCCAAGAUGUUGAUGAUGACAAAGAGACUGGAGGAACAUGAGAAGACUAUCGCUGAGAAGGAGGAGAUCAUAACAUUUCGAGAUCAACAGCUGGAGUCGAAGGUCCACUUCAUACACGAACGGGAGCAGAUGUUACAGAGUCUGACAGAACAACUGGAGGAAAGCUCCAAGUUGGCUGGCCAGGCAACAACUUCGGAAGAUGGGUCUAGCUCGGAGUCCCAGCAGAUGUACGCUCAGAUUGUUUACAAGGACAGGAAAAUCCUUGACCUCAACAACAAGAUUUUGGAGCAAGAACAGAAGACGAUGGAUAUCCAGGAAUUUGUGUCGGAAAAGGAUGAGGUCAUCCGGGGCAGGGAUAAGGUUAUCAAGAUCCUUCAGACCACUAUUGAAGAAACAGAGCAACGUGCCACAGGGCAGGCUCUGCUGAUCGCUAAACUGUCUGCUAAAGUUGAGGACAGUGAGGAGACCCUUUCCCAUUACAAGGAGCAGGUCAGCAAAGCCGAUCACAACUUAAAGCAGGAGUCGGACAAGUUCAAUCUUCGUUUGCAGGAGUCGCACAAAUAUUUUGAGGAAACUGUCCAAGAGAGGGAAGCAGAGAUAAAGAAAUUAAGAACAGAAGCAUCGAAGAAGGACGAGGACAUUCUCAUCAGGGAAAAUGAUCUCAGGGAAUUGAUAUCGAGACAUGAGAAAGAUGUUCAACGAAUUAUGGCUAGGGAUGAGGUGAACAUUCAUGACCAUGUGCUUCAAAUGCUGGAACAGAAGUUAAAAGAUACGAACUCGGUCCUUGAUGGAAAAAUCAAGGUCAUAGAAACACUGCAGCAAGAAAUUAGUGAAAAGGACAAACAUAUCGCUGAGAGUUAUGAUAUCCAGAAAAGUUUCAAGGAAAAAUUACAAGUGACUUCAGAACAAUUAAUGUUAGCGCAAGCGGAAAACUUGGAUAUGGAGGUUCAGUGGCGGGACGAAAAGAGGAAAAUGGAUGAAAAAUUCAGGGACUUACUGGAGAAACAAGAGAUGGAGAAGACAGAAAAGGAAAUGAAUAUACAGACAGUACAAAGUCAUUUGUCUCAGUAUCAGAACGCCUACGCACAGGCAGUGUCUCAAUACAAUGCACUUCAGAACCGCUACCAGCAUUCCGUAAGGCCAGGUGGCGCUGUAUCACAGUCUGCCAUGCCACCUAUGGAACCACUUGUGGAUCCUGCCGCAGAAUCAAAUGCAGCACUUGUGAAGGAACUGAGACAGAGUUUGUCGGAGAAGGAAAAAGAAUUAUCCCACUUGGCCUUAUCACAGUCUCUGCUUGAAGAGACAAAAGGUCUGUUAGCAGAGAGAGAGAAGGAACUAGCUGAAAAGGAGGCAGAGCUGAAGGAGACCAGGAAGUCAGCAGAGGGCGCUGGAGCUAAGACGGACGCCAAGGGUCUCAAGGAUAAGGCCAAGCUAACUGCAAAGGUGAAGGCUCUAGAAAAGGAGAUAGCACAGCUCAAAAAGGGUGGUAAUGUGUCCCCAGAGUUGGAUGCCCUGAAGAAGAAGAUAGCAGAACUUGAGGAUGAAAAAGUGACUGUGGAGAAAGAGCUACAGGAGACCAGGGCUGCGAUGGAAGGCCUGAAGACUGAGAUGUCGGAACUUUCUGUCCAAUUGUCUACCGUGACGGAGGAGAAGGACAGCAUCAACCUGGUGAACCGAGAUCUCCAGGCAACAUCCCAACAG